GCCCACACCCUAUCCUCCAGCCGCCAUGUCCGCCCCCGCCGCUCCUGCCGCCCCCGCGCCUGCCGCUGCCCCCGCGGCGCCCGUGCCCUCCGAGGACCAGAUUGCGCGCAAGUUCGACAACUGCCUCGCUGACCUCCUCGUCAACGCCGGUGUCGGCUUCGGCGUCGGCGUCGUCGCGUCCGUCAUCCUCUUCCGCCGCCGCGGAUGGCCCGUCGCCCUCUCGACUGGCUUCGGUGCCGGUGUUGCGUACUCCAACUGCAACUACUCGCUCAACCCCUACGUCCUCCCCGGCACCAAGAUCCUGCCCGCGUCCAAGCAGUAAUCGGACGGUUAAAAGACACGAUAGUGUUUGAUGAUCAACGCGUAGCUAGAGUCUGGCAGGGGGUGUGGGUGCGGGCGGGUGCCGCGUCCAGAGUUUGCGGCGUUGGGGUAGAGGCGCUUGCGCAGAGUGUGCUGA